AUGAGCCAUCUGUGGAGCCUGACCUUAUUGGCCCUGGCGGCUUUUCUGGCCUGCGGCAACGGAGCCACCCUUCUGGGCGCGCCACCCUGCCCCCAAGCGUACGGCGUCCAGGCGUACGCCCAUCCGGAGAGCUGCAACGCGUACUUCCUAUGCACGAACGGCACCCUGACCCUCGAGUACUGCGAGAACGGGCUGCUUUUCGACGGCCAUGGAGCCGUCCACGACCAUUGCAACUAUAACUGGGCGGUGAAGUGCGGAGAUCGCAAGGUUGACCUUACACCCCUCAGCAGUCCCGGUUGCGAGUACCAAUUCGGCUUAUAUCCCGCCAGCGAUGCUUGCAGUACCACAUAUAUCCGGUGUGUCCACGGUAUACCGAAAGAAGCACACUGCGACGCUGGAUUAGUGUACGAAGAAAAGAGUCACACCUGUGUCUGGCCAGAUCAACUGUUGCCUUACUGCAAUCCAGAGGAAAUUGUCGGUUUUAAAUGCCCCCACAAAGUGCCUUCCCACAGCGCCGCCGCUAAAUUCUGGCCCCAUCCAAGAUUCCCUGUACCAGGUGACUGCGGUAGACUGAUUACCUGCGUCGACGGUUAUCCCCGUUUGUUGACGUGUGGAGAUGGAAAACUCUUCGAUUCCGUGAGCCUGUCCUGUUUGGACCCCGACGAAUUGCCUCACUGCGCUAACAACCUUUAA